AUGCCCAAACAGCCCAUCCCCAUAAUCGGCGCGGGCAUAGCCGGCCUAACCCUAAGCCGCAGCCUUCUCCACCGCGGCAUCCCCAGCAUAGUCUUCGACAAAGCGCCCCCAAACCGGCGAGGCUUCAACUACGCCAUCACCCUGCACUCCACCGCCUACAAACCGUUGUUGGAAGUCCUAAAUCUCUCGGAUACAGCGUUCAAAGCCCACGUCGCCAUCGACGCCGAAGACGGUGGCGAAGGCAAACAUGGCGAAAACAUAGACAUACCCAGCCACGGCGGUUUAUACGACACCUCCACCUCUUUCCGCGCCAACCGCGCCAAGUUCGAAAGUUUGCUAAGUCAAGAUCUGGAUAUCCGGUUGGGUCAUUCCCUCCAAGAAGUCAAAAGCACGCCCUCAGGACCAAGAUUGCGCUUUGCCAAUGGCGAGAUGUUGGAGGGCGGGGAACUAGUUGUAGGCGCUGAUGGUGUGCAUUCCAGUCUACGCAAACUGCUGCUGUCGGAGAAGUCAAGGGUUGAUGUUUUGCCUUAUGCUGUGUACUACGGGAAGAGGUGUAUCAUGCGGAAGGACUUCAACAGUAUCUUUGGGGGUAGGGCGGAGGGCAACCAGGGGAGGAAUGUUUGGCAGACCAAGGGGGAUGUGGUGCUUACUGUUAACGUGGAUAAGAAGGAGGAUAAGAAGGUGUGGGUUAGUUGGAUCUACUCGCGGAAGGCGCGUGGGGAGGCGGAUCCACUGUUCAAUCCUGCUAGGUCAACGAAUGCGGCUGACAAGAUACCUUUGGAGUUUUUCAAAGAAGUCCGCGCUCAGAAGAUUUUUGGUUAUCCUUACGCGGCGAUGGUUGACGUGCAGAGUAUGCGCAGCGAUAGGAUAUUGCAUUGGCUGAUGCGGACGACGUCUACGCCGUUGCCUGAAUUGCAUGACUUGCUCGCGAAGAGCGGCGUGUGUCUGUUGGGUGAUGCAGCACAUGCAGAGCCUAUUUUGGGAGGUAAUGGAGCAAACGCUUCAAUCAUCGACGGCUUGAGUCUUGCGGAUGCCAUUGCGAGCGGUGAAGAUGAUGGUAUAUCGUAUUGGUACAACGACCGCUAUCCGAAGUGGGUGCAAGGGGCUGAAGAGAGUCAAGCAAACCUUGCGAGAAUGCAUGGGUCACUACGGCCAGGUGUGAACCUUUAA